GCUGCGCCCGCGGCCGCCAUGGCGGGGCCGCCGCGCUCCGGCCAAUGACGGCGAGGGGGCGGUGCGCGCGCGCCUGGCCAGGCCAACCCCGGCUGCUGCCUUAUAAGGCGCGCCGUCGCCAUGGCAACGUGCGCUAAGUUGCAGCAGUCGUGUCAAAGUUCACUAUAUAGAGAGCUCAGUGAGCUGAUCGCGGAGAAGCCACUUCUGCCAGCCCCGGCGCCUAUAAAUCGCAUUCCCUCCCGCGCCCCCCUUUUUAGCAUAUUUGAUCACUUUGAUUCUCUGUUCUUUUCUCUCCGCGGUGUGUGUGUGCGUGCGCGCGUGUGUGUUUUCUUCUCCUCCUCCUCCUCUCCCCGAGUUGCCUCCUUCCUCCGGGUGCCGUGCUGCCUUUUUUUCCCUCUUUCAUUCUUUCUCUCCGUCUUUUUCUCCCCGCUCCGCGCACGAAGGAUGUGCUUCUAGGUGGUGAUCUGCCCUCCUCUCCCUCUUUUAUCAUUUCUCCCCCGCCGCCGGCGAGUUGACUCUUUCCCUAUGUGUGUGAGGCGGCGGCGGCAGCAGCAGCAGCAGCGGCUCCGGCGGCGGCAGCAGCGGCAGCAGCGGCUUCAGCGGCGGCGGCGGCGCUAGACCCGGCGGCUCCGGGCCCGACCCGGCGGCUUCGGCGGCGGCGGCUCCGGCUCCGGCGGCGGCGGCGGCGGCGGCCCGGGCGGCCCGCAGGGAUCGUCGAGCGGCCUCCAUCCGGCGCGAUCGGGCGGGCGGCGGCGGCGGCGGCCGGAGCGAGCGAGCCAGGCGCGCGCCGGGCGCCCAGGGCAGGCGGCGCCGGCGGCCCAGCGCCAGGACGACGCCGCGCAGCGCCGGACGCGGACCACUUUCAUGCUGAUUCCCCCGGACCCGGGCAGCGCUCCGGCCACUCCGCGGGCCGCCGGCCUCCGCCCCGGCCUGCCUGGCUCCCUGGGCGCGCCGGCGACCGGCGCCUCCGCUCUCCCAGUCCUCCCGAUUUCGAUGGCUUUCCUGAAUGGCUGACUGUGGGCUGCCCUGGACUUGGCCCCCGGACAGUCGCCUCUCCUCCUUCUCUUCCUCCUCCUUCUCCUCCUCCUCCUCCAACUCCUCGGCACACCAGCUCUGAGAGCGAGAGAGUGAACGAGAGAGGGAGGGAGAGAGUGAGAGCGAGCGAGAUCUUUGGAGAGAUUUUUUUUUUUUUUGCCUCCUACUUCUGUCUUGAAGCCAGACAAUCGACUUGCAGCUCUCCCUCCCCUCCCUCUCUCUCUCCACGUUCUGCUCCCACUCGCUCUCCCCCUGCCCUUCCCCGCCCCUCCCGGCGGAAAGCCCCCCGAAACCAACAAAGCUGAGCCGAGGGACACAAACAAAACAAACACACCGGGCCAGACAAGCCAUCGACAAAACUUUGCAAAAGCAGAAACAAAAAAGGAAAAAAACUAACCAACCUCAACCAGCCAGCCCCCGAGCCACCCGGGGCGCCCUCCCGCGCCCUCUCGCACCCUCGCACACACAAAAGGCGGCGCACCGGAGCCCGCGACCCGGGAGCCGCCGCCGCCGCCGCCCGCAGCCAGGGGAGCAGGAAGUCCGGACGAGGCCCCCAUAGAUAUGGCAAUGGUAGUCAGCACGUGGCGCGACCCCCAGGACGAGGUGCCCGGCUCGCAGGGCAGCCAGGCCUCGCAGGCGCCUCCGGUGCCCGGCCCACCGCCCGGCGCCCCGCACACGCCUCAGACGCCCGGCCAAGGGGGCCCUGCCAGCACCCCGGCCCAGACGGCGGCCGGCGGCCAGGGCGGCCCAGGCGGCGACAAGCAGCAGCAGCAGCAGCACAUCGAGUGCGUGGUGUGCGGGGACAAGUCGAGCGGCAAGCACUACGGCCAGUUCACGUGCGAGGGCUGCAAGAGCUUCUUCAAGCGCAGUGUGCGGAGGAACCUGAGCUACACGUGCCGCGCCAACCGGAACUGUCCCAUCGACCAGCACCACCGCAACCAGUGCCAGUACUGUCGCCUCAAAAAGUGCCUCAAAGUGGGCAUGAGACGGGAAGCGGUACAGAGGGGCAGGAUGCCGCCCACCCAACCGACCCACGGGCAGUUUGCGCUGACCAACGGGGACCCCCUCAACUGCCACUCGUACCUGUCCGGAUAUAUUUCUCUGUUGCUGCGCGCCGAGCCCUACCCCACGUCGCGCUUCGGCAGCCAGUGCAUGCAGCCUAACAACAUCAUGGGCAUCGAGAACAUUUGCGAACUGGCCGCGCGGAUGCUCUUCAGCGCCGUCGAGUGGGCCCGGAACAUCCCCUUCUUCCCUGACCUGCAGAUCACCGACCAGGUGGCCCUGCUUCGCCUCACCUGGAGCGAGCUGUUCGUGCUGAACGCCGCACAGUGCUCCAUGCCCCUCCACGUCGCCCCGCUCCUGGCCGCCGCCGGCCUACACGCCUCGCCCAUGUCUGCCGACCGGGUGGUCGCCUUUAUGGACCACAUACGGAUCUUCCAAGAGCAAGUGGAGAAGCUCAAGGCCCUGCACGUCGACUCCGCUGAGUACAGCUGCCUCAAGGCCAUAGUCCUGUUCACCUCAGAUGCCUGUGGUCUCUCUGAUGUAGCCCAUGUGGAAAGCUUACAGGAAAAGUCCCAGUGUGCUUUGGAAGAAUACGUUAGGAGUCAGUACCCCAACCAACCAACGCGAUUCGGGAAGCUUUUGCUUCGCCUCCCUUCCCUGCGUACCGUCUCCUCGUCAGUCAUAGAGCAAUUGUUUUUCGUCCGUUUGGUAGGUAAAACCCCCAUCGAAACCCUCAUCCGGGAUAUGCUACUGUCCGGCAGCAGUUUUAACUGGCCGUAUAUGGCAAUUCAAUAAAAAAAAAAAUCAAAAUAAGAAGGGGGAGUGAAACAGAAAAAAAAAAGGCAAAAGACUGGUUUGUUUGCUUAAAUUCCUUCUGUUAAGAAAGGAUAUAAAAGGAUGUUACACGUUUGCUAAAAGAAGAGAGGGGAAGAAUUUAAUGGACUGUGAAUUUCCAAAAAAUUAAAAGACUGUCAAAUGAACUUUUACAGAAUGCAUUAAAAAAAAAAAACUCCUGUGUCGGUCAGAACAACUUGCUACUUAUCAUUUUUUUUUUGUAUAAAAAGGAAAUUAGUCUUUUUCUUUUUUUUUGGUAAAUUUUUGAAAAAUAUUGCUAAAAGUGCAUUUAAGGAGAUUGGGAGACAAUUAGCAGAAUGGAGAAAGUAAGUCUUUUUUUUUCCAAAUUAUUAAUUGUCCUGUGUCUAUGUACCUCUAGCUGUUCUUUUUUGUACUUUCCUGGUUGCAAACCAGUUUAUUCUGUGGUUCUAUAAUAAGUUUUGAUAUAAUCUUGGCUUCUUAAAAACUGUGUAUCCUUAAAAUAUAUGUUCUGCAAGAAUUAAAACUGAGUCCAUGAAAAUAUCAUAGAGAGACAUAAAACUUUAAAAGGCAACUCAAAGAUGAUAGAAACGCACUUAUAAGGUGGUGAUCAAAAAUUUUAGGUGAAGUUGAGCCCUCAAAUUUGAGAACCGGAAGAACCACAUACAACGCUUAACUCCCCCUACCCAGCCCCCCCUCCAAAAAAAAAAAAAAAGACACCAAGACAAACCUAGCUUUUUAAAAAUAUUUUAAGAAAGAGAAUGAACUGUGGAAUUUAUUGGCAGCCAAGUAGUGUGUCCAAGACACAAGCUGAGGUUUUCAAUAAAAAAGUGAACUUUUGUAAUUUGAAUUGGGUCCCGCUUAGUUCUUGAAUUGUUAUGAAAAUCCUAUAUCUGUUUGUAUAUUUGCAAACCCUUUGUAUUAUAAUUGUUGAUAUUCCCUUUUUAAAAAAAAUACCAUUGAAAUCAGCAUGACAAGAUAACACUGUUGGCACUUAUAGGUAAUGUGAUUGAUUCAGUAUCUUAGAGUUUACAGUUUGUGUUUUAAAAAAAAACUGAAGGUUUUUUUUUUUAAGUGCAACAUUUCUGUAUACUGUACAAGUUAUAAUAACUGAACUGUUUGGUCGAGUCUUUGUGUGUUAUAUUCCAAGGAAAAUUUGAAAGUAUUCAGAAAUUAAAAUAUUAUUUGAUAUCUGAAACCUG